GGAAAGUAGCCCCCAAAGCAAGGGAGCACGUGCUCAAUCUGUGGUCUUCAUUCCUUGGCAACUUUCUGGAAUGUUCACCAGUUGCAGGAUAAUAUUGAAACUGUGCAUUUCCUUCCCCGGAUUCUGAUCGCCGGAACCAUUCUAGCUGCAGGACAUCCAACCGGUGAAGCUAUGGCGUCAUUGGGCUUUGGUGCCACAGAGGCACAGAAAAGCCAAUUAACUGAGUUCUGAAUCAAGCUUUUUCGGCAUCGGUAACGGGCACUGGGGGGAGAUGGCGCGAUUGGAGUGCGUUUAGACGUUUUCCCCCGGAUCUUGAGGGUGGGAAGACCCGGAUUGGGGGUGGGAUCGUCGUUUAACAAUUGAGGUUACGGUUACGGUAGGACGACUGCACAAGUUGACAGCUGGUUUAAGGGCGGGGGAGGGAGGAAAUGGGAUAUGAAACUGGCCUUUUUUUCAUCUUUUCAAUUUGUUUGUUACUAUUUACAUGGUUCUUGUGUUGUUGUUUGCGAGUUCUGAGGUGAAGUGAGUUAGCAUGGUGGACAACAACGGUGCCAUCACCGCAGCAAGCGGAAACAGCGACGGUGACGACAAGAAGGUUGGGGCUGGUGUAAACGGUGGGGGAGAAAACGAAAGAGACAACACCUCCUCCCUCUCUUCUGGCUCGGGCUCGGGGGAGCCCGACGACGCGAUCCUGCCUAGGGGGCAGGUCGAUCCUGUGUAUGAGGAGAAGGCGAGGAUUCUAAACCGGGCGAUCCAAGAAAUAGGCAUAGGACCCUACCAAUACCUCCUCUUCCUCGUCGUCGGCUUCGGCUGGGCGAGCGACAACCUCUGGCCCAUCGCCACGUCCCUCAUCCUGCCCCCCAUCGCAUUGGAAUUUCUCCCUUCCCGCCCGGCAUACCUCACCCUCGCGCAAAACAUUGGGCUUUUGGCAGGGGCGAUAUUCUGGGGGUUUGGGUGUGAUGUUUUUGGGAGGAAGUGGGCAUUUAACCUCACGCUUGGGAUCACGGCCGUGUUUGGGAUGUGUGCUGCCUCCAGCCCAAACUUUGCGGCUAUAGGGGUCUUUGCGAGCUUGUGGAGUUUUGGGGUGGGGGGAAACUUACCGGUGGACAGUGCGAUCUUUUUGGAGUUUCUGCCGGGGAGUCAUCAGUGGUUGUUGACUGUGUUAAGUGUGGACUGGGCGGUUGCGCAGGUGGUGGCUACGUUGGUUGCGUGGCCGCUUUUGGGCGGGAUGACUUGUCAGGAGGGAGGAAACGGGGGUUGUGAGAGGGGGGAGAAUAUGGGGUGGAGGUGGUUUUUGAUUGCGCUCGGGGGGUUGACGUUGUUGAUGUUUGGGUUGAGGUUUGCGGCGUUCAAGAUUUUCGAGAGUCCCAAGUUUUUGAUGGGGCAGGGAAGGGACGAGGAGGCUGUGAGGGUGGUUCACGAGGUGGCGAGACGGAAUGGGAGGGAGAGCGGGUUGACGGUGGAGGACUUGAGGAGGGCUGAGCCGGAGGGGUAUGUGGCGAGGACGGAUGUCAAGGUUGCCGUGAAGAGGAGGUUGGAGAAUGUCAAGAUGGAAAGGGUGAGGGUGUUGUUUUCGACGAGGAAGCUGGCGUGGUCGACGGGGUUGAUUAUGGCUAUUUGGGCGUUUAUUGGGUUGGGAUAUCCCCUUUACAAUGCCUUCUUGCCGUAUAUUCAGGCCACGAGAGGAGCUGACUUUGGAGACGGGUCUACUUACCUGACAUAUCGUAACUCCCUCAUCAUUGCCGCUGUUGGCAUCCCGGGAGCGCUUCUGGGAGGAUAUCUGGUCGAGCUGCCUCGCUUCGGCCGAAAAGGGACACUGUCUUUGUCGACAGUCUUGACCGGAGUGUUUUUGUAUUGCUCGACAACGGCACUUGACUCCCAAUCGCUACUCGGCUGGAACUGCGCGUUCAACUUUACGAGCAAUGUGAUGUACGCUGUCUUGUACAGUUUCACGCCAGAACUGUUUCCAACGCCCCAGAGAGGGACGGGGAACGCUUUGACGGCUACGUGCAAUCGCAUUUUUGGCAUCAUGGCGCCUAUGGUGGCCAUGUUUGCGGAUCUACGAACUGCUGCGCCGGUCUACACCAGCGGCGCUCUUUUUAUCGCUGCCGGAGUUUUGGUUCUUUUGUUGCCAUUUGAGUCAAGGGGUAAAGCGGCGUUAUGAGCGGUUCUGAGGGGUAUCUUAGCCUCGUGAUGUUGGACUUGACCGGCGUAUUGGUUGAGUGGUAUUG